AGGUGGAGAAACAUCGAUGUUAACAUCGAUGUCAUCGAUGUUUUGAAAACAUCGUUGACAUCGAUGUUUGGCAAGCCAACAUCGAUGUUUAUCAUCUCUAACGAGCAUCAAGCAGGGAAGACGUGAAAAUUUGUUCUGUUGGUGGUGUUGGCUGAGGUAGUGGAGUGGAGGCAUGGAGAGAUAUCUGAAACGAACAUCAAAAUCGGAUGAAAAUGUGGAGGAGCCAGCACCAGGUCCAAAAAAGAAGCGGGAAGCUUCGGUUGCCUGGGAUCACUUCAAAAAAGACGUUAGAAAGACACACGGAGUUUGCAAUUAUUGUGGCAAAGCUAUAAAAACAAACGGUAAUACUACAAACCUUCUCGACCAUCUAAGGCACAUGCACCCAGAUCGCCUUAAAGUUGGAAAAGGCCAAAAUGACAAUGCAACUGUGUCCAUUCCUCGACAGCAACCAGCACCACCAACAGAAGAACCCACACGAUUUUCUUUCAUGAAAUCAAAAUUGGAUGCAAAAGUUCAAUCAUUCCGGGCCGAUGCUAUUGUCCUGUUGCGACAACAUGUGGAAAAAGAGAACCAGCCCGAAAAGUGCGAGCCACUUGCGUAUUGGGAGAUGUCUACCGAAGAAGCUUUUAAAAUCUUGUCUAAAAAGUAUUUUUGCGUUCCCGCUUCAUCGUGUGAAUCAGAACGUGUAUUCAGCAAAGCAGGACAACUGAUAUCCGACCGUCGCACCAGACUUUCAUCUUCGGUCGUCGACAAACUUUUGUUUUUAAACAAAAACAAACAUAUAAAUAAAAUUUGACUGUGAUAAAAAAAA